AUCAGCAUUGAGACCCAAGAUGGCUCGUCUGGCUUUUGAUUCGUACUUCCAUACCAUCAACAAUCACAAGCUGCAUGAUAUCAAGGCCGAAUCUAUCUUUCAGACUCAUGAAUAUCCCGAUUCAGGCUGGUCUAUAGCACAAACGAUUAUCCAAUCCUUGACUACAUCCAGUUUCAUUCCAUAAUCUAUGAUAGCUCUUUCUCCACCACCUCAGAAAUGAAGGGUUUCAAGCUGGGAGCCUACAUGAUAGGCCUUCUCUGUACCAUCCUCGCACUCAACUUCGUGGCUGCGCUCGGGUUGGCAAAUGUCACAGCAGAACUCGGUCCUCGACUCUCUCCAGGUGCACGAAUCAUCCUCCCAAAUAGUCCAGACUUUGCAAAUGCCAUCAGGCGAUGGUCCCCUUUUGCUGCGCCUCGUUUCACUGUCGUUGUUGAUGUUGCUACGGAGCAGGAUGUUGCGGAAACAGUCGAAUACGCUAAUGAGGAGGAAAUCCCCUUUCUAGCUGUGUCUGGCGCUCACGGAACAAUUACUAGCUUGGCAAAUUUCCAUUAUGGCAUCGAAAUAUGGCUGCAUAGACUUAACUGGACCACCAUUUCGGAAGACAGUGAUACGGUUACCUUCGGUGGCGGCAUCUUGGGUGGCCACCUUGUCGACGCGUUGUGGAGAAGCAAGAAAUACACUGUGACUGGUGUGUGUGAAUGUAUCGGUUACCUUGGCCCGCUCCUUGGGGGAGGUCACGGUGUGUUGCAGGGAAAGUACGGCCUUGCCUCUGAUCAAAUCGUUUCACUACGCUUGGUCACUGCGGACGGACAGCUGCUCGAUGUUUCAGAGUCUGAGCCAGAUCCUGAACUGUUUUGGGCCCUGCAGGGCGCCGGUCAUAAUUUCGGGAUUGUCACUUCGGUCACUGCAAAGAUCUACGAUGUUCCGGAUCAGGGCGUUUGGGCUCGUGAAGGCUUCUACUAUGGUCGCAAUAGCAUCGAGAAUGCUUUUGAGGCAUGGAACCAGAUUCUUCCGCGUCAACCUCCUACUGUGACCAUUCUCGGCGUUCUUGAACGGAAUAUCAGCAUGGUUCAUACGGAUCCACUGCUUAAAAUCUCUGUCUUGCAAGAAAAUGUCUCGCGUGUUGACUCUGCUUACACCGAAGCCUUUCGUGCUCUGAAUCCCAUCGCUAUCACAUCCCAAGUCGGAACCUACAGGGAUAUACCAGGAUGGGAACUUAUGGCUUUCAACUCUACCCAGUGCGCCGCAAGAAACAUUUCCGCGCCUCAUUUUGCGGUCGGGCUCCAAAGAUGGAAUACUACGGCGCUGCGCAUGGUAUACGAGGCUUUCUCAGCGGUGACUGCGGGGAACUCGUCGUUCAAUGCUUCAGAAGUAAUUUUCGAGGGAUAUCCAGUACAGGCUAAGAUGGCCAUUCCGGAAGACUCCACAGCCUACCCUUUCAGGGAAGAUAAUCUAUACGCAUACCCGCUCAUUAGGUACAAUGCAAACGCGAGCCUGGACCAUACCGCCAUCGAGGUCGGCGAUGCACUUCGGCGAAUUAUCUUGGAGGGCAGCGGCCGAGAAGAGCUUCACGUAUACGUCAACUUUGCUGCUGGCGAUGAGGCACCCGAGCAGAUCUAUGGCUACGAGGAAUGGCGGUUGGAUAAGUUGAAGGAGCUGAAGAAGAAGUAUGAUCCCGAACGGCGGCUCAGCUACUUUGCGCCCAUCCCUAUCUAA